AUGCCUGCACCUGAUCCCAGCAUCUUCCAUGACGAGUCAUGGUCUACACCAUGGCAGUCAUCCGAAUUUGACUCCGAAUUCCCGCCCAAUGAAACAAUCGGUCAGCGAAUCUUACGACAACGCGCAAGACCAGACUGGGCCUCUGUACCGCCUUUCCUAUCCUUUCAGUCUGGGAAACCGGGCGGGUGGCCGUGGGGCUGGGCAAUUUUUCGCACCUCCUACACGCAUACGUCCGAUAAAGACUGGGCGAAAGCAAUUGAGAAGCUUGACCAGUUCUUUCUGAAUGGCCUAACAACCUUCGAACUCUCUUGGGCUCGAAGUGGGUACAACACCAUCGGCAUGAUUCGAGAUGGUUACCGAAAUGUGAUUUUUGAAGACCUAGCCCUGGAGGGGGCGUCGGUAGCCACAAUUCGCACAAAACAUUUAGAAUGGGUCAAAGGCCAUGGUCUUAGCUUUUGCGGUGGUACUACUCGUCUGGAUUAUUGUCUUUUGCUGGAUGACCGCUGUGUGCGAUCCAUUCUCGCUAGUGCGGAGCCGGUCCAACCUGUCCUUGUGCAGCCGGGUUCGCUAUCUAUCCCAUACGCGCCGGGAGCUAUGGUUGGUUAUGUCAAUGCGGUGGAUAGUUGUUUUGAUCCCGAAGACCUCGAUGAUGACACUGGGGAGUUUUAUCAAGGAAUGGUCCGAGUUCAUCUGGACUGUUUAUUCAAAUUUGCUCUCCAUUGUGAAGAUCUUAUGACCGGAGACCACGAAUGGGGAGAUUGGGGAAUGGAUUUCCCCCAUACACAGGAGGUUUACACAGAUGGCUAUUCCACGGCAACCGAGAUCAAGGAAAUGUUUCUUUCUUCUCCAGAUGGGCAGGUGAAGAGAACAGCAAGCGUUACGGAAGCCGAGUAUGUCAAGCUCUAG